GAUUUCUCUUAAUGUUUAUGGAUUAAGUUGAUCUUCCCUCGUUCUUCUUCUGAAAAUUUUUAAAUCGAAUAUUAAUUCAAAGAAGUAAUUAUCAAUACUAUAAAAGAUAGAUGUUAAGAUGCAAAAUAUGUCAUCACUCAUCAAAUUAAACUAUCAAGUUUCGACAUGUUCUCAGCUGUAUAAAAGUUUUGUAAGAUAUUACAUUAGAGGUAAACCUCCCGGUAUUGCAAAAACUCUGAGUCAGCGUCUUGCAAUGGAAAAUCGAGAGGAUCCUGAAUUAAGCACAAGAAUUGAUAUUGGAUUUCCAGCACCAAGACCAUCCCGAUCAACCGAAUUGAAACAACGUCUUGAGCAUCUAAAAAAGCAUCGAAAUGAUAGUAAUCUUGAAAAACUUGCACGUAACAACACAUUGAACAUUGAUUUAGAUGAGGUAAAGAAAGAUUGGUUGGCAACAGCUGGUCCUCUGCAUAUAAGAAAAAUUGCAGAACGUUACGACAUUUAUGGAUUAUUUGGAAAGUACGCCUACUUCACACCAAGACUGGCUUUGGAUAUUAAAUUCAAACAGUCAGACGACACAUAUUUUCCUGUCUACUAUGGUAAUCGUUUAAAGCCUAGCGAUGCAGUAAAUCCACCGACAGUAAACUUUAAUCAUGAAUUCAAUGUUCAUGGACUCGAUUCAAAAGGAAAGUCAUUUUUCACUUUAGUUCUUACAAAUCCUGAUGGACAUUUCACUCAGGAAAACAAAGAAUAUAUUCACUGGAUGGUAGGCAAUAUUAGAGAUGGCGAUUUAUUGAAAGGUGACACAGUCGUUCCUUUCCUACAACCAUUUCCAGCUCAAGGGACUGGAUAUCAACGAUACAUUUUUAUCAUGUACAAACAUGAUAAAGAGCUAAAUUUUGAAGAAGAAAAAGUCAAGGAAUCCAAUAACUUAGAAAUGCGAACAUUCAGUACUUAUGACUUUUAUCGGAAGUAUCAAGAUGAAAUGACACCCGCUGGUUUGUCGUUCUUCCAAGCUGACUGGGAUGAUUCAUUAACAGAUUUCUACCAUAAUGUUCUCAAUAUGAAGGAACCUGUCUACGACUACGAUUAUCCUGAAGCUAUUCUUAAAAAAGAAAAAGCUUUUCCCCUUAGACAGCCUUUUAAUCUGUACUUGGAUAGAUACAACGAUCCAAAAGAAGUAAAUAAAAGAUUCCUUGAAGAAGAAUUAGCUAAAACACAUCCAUUUGAUGGCCCUGAACCACCAUUUCGCUUCCCAAAUGCACAAUACUUAGCUGCCAAUAUACCAAGCUGGCGAAAAACUGAAAUCAGAAAAGCUCGUCAAAAGCUAGGCAGAAUCAACGAAAUUAAGAAAAUUUAAAACAAAAAUUCUUUCAUUUUUAGAUGAUAAAUAAAAUUUACUAGAAAAUUA